GGMCAUCCCAAAUACCAGGAAUCCAAAAGAAUUGCCAUCUUUCUGAGCAUGCCAGACGAAAUCCAGACAGAAGAGAUCAUUAAGGACAUUUUUAAGCAAGGCAAAGAGUGUUUCAUCCCACGUUACAAGCCUGGCAGCAAUCACAUGGACAUGCUAAAGUUAGCAUCAGUUGAAGACAUUUCUUCACUUCCUUUGACAUCCUGGAAUAUUCACCAGCCUAGUGAUGAUGACAGUGUAAGAGAGGAAGCUCUUUCUGGUGGGGGUCUUGACCUUAUCUUCAUGCCGGGCCUUGGGUUUGACAAAAAAGGCAACAGAUUGGGAAGAGGGAAAGGAUAUUACGAUACUUAUCUUGAAAGGUGUGUGAAGCAUCCCAGUGGAAAGCCUUACACAAUUGCAUUGGCUUUUAGAGAACAGAUCUGUGAAUCGGUGCCUGUGGCAGAAAAUGAUGUCCCAAUAGAUGAAGUCCUCUAUGAAGAAUGCUAAAGGUUGUCCUGAGGCCAGCUCUUCUGCAGAGUGACCAGCUAAAGACUUCAGAUCUGUUAAUUGCAACUUCUUAAUAGUCGUGUUUGACUUGGAGAGCAAUAAGGUUGUUACUUUGAUUUGAGCAAAAGAAAACUAUACCUGUGAUCACAGUAACGAGGACUGCAUGGAUUUGCAUCCAAUUGGAAAAUACCUGAUGUGAAUUCUUGUUCUAGAAUCAACAGAAACAUGAAUGUGUGGCUGUCUGUUUAUUAUGGUAAGGAUCAUUUCCUCUCCUCAUACAUUGGAGCACCAAGUUACUUGAUAUUCAGCAGUUUUAUUGCUCCAGUUUAGAGCUGAGCUGUCUACUAAUGACAUUUCUUGAUACAUUCUGGGAUCAGAUUUUUUUU